CCGCGCCGCGAAGCUUCGAGAAGCGAUGGCGCGCGCGGGCGAGGGCGACGCGCGAUGGAUCGUCGAGGAUCGCGCGGACGGCACCAACGUCCACGGGUGGCACUGGCAGGAGAAGGACGCCCUGCCCUGGGCGCGCGCGCGAUUGGACGCGCUGUGCGCGCGACGCGCGAUCGACGGCGACGGCGACGGCGAUGGCGACGGCGUCGUGACGCGCGUCGCGGUGACGGGCGUGACGAAGUGCGAGGGCGAGGCGUACGUGAACAAAAGAAAAGGAAAAAUUAUACCCGGGUACGAGCUGGAGCUGGAGAUGUCGUACGUCGCGGAGCUGAGGGACGGGAAGACGCGCGACGGGAAGAUUCGGCUGCCGUACGUGGCGGACGAAAACGCGGACGAGGACCCGGAGUGCGUCGUGGUGCCGGCGAACGAUACGAACGAGGACGCGCGAGUGAAGGCGCUGAUUUUGAAAUCGAUCGUGCCGAAGGUUUUAGAGGGCGUGAGGACGUGGGUGAAGGAGAUGGCGGCGGGCGGGCCGGGAGGCGACGCGCCGGCGAGCGCCGAGGCGGCGGCCGAGGCGGCCGAGGCGGCCGAGGCGGCCAAGGCGGCCAAGGCGAAAUCGAGCGCGUCGGUGCCUAGGAGCGAUAAAACCGCGCCGUUAUCGCAAACGAACCACACCAUCCGGCUGACGGAGAAUUUUUACUGUCGCCCGAGAGAUAUUUGCGACGCCUUGCUCGACGGAAAUCGCGUGCAACAUUUCACGCAAAGUCGAGCGUCCGGAUUGAACGGUUCGACGGGUAAAUUCGAAAUGUUCGACGGAAACGUUCAAGGCGAAACGACGGAGUACGUUCCGGGCGAAAAAAUAGUUCAAAACUGGCGAUUCUCGUCGUGGCCCGACGACCACUUCUCCGUCGUCACCGUCACGUUUCGCGAGCCCGAGCCCGGCAACUGCUUCGUCGACCUCGUGCAAACCAACGUCCCGGAGUGCGACAAGUUCGGCAACGAGACGGUGAUGGACACCACCGAAAACGGGUGGAAGAAUUUAAUCUUCGGUCGCAUUCGACAAGUGUUCGGAUACGGCGCCUAG